AUGGAUAGCAAUGAUAGCAGUCAAGACCCGCACGGCAUGGCCGCCCAGCAGGCCGCAGCCAAAGACUACCAACCUGAUCUUCCGAGCUACCUGGUUGGUGACAAAACCCCAAGCGACGUCAUCACCCAGGAAUAUGCCCGGGCAGACCAGACCUAUGUAGAGAAGACAAUUCUUGCCGAGAUUGGAGACCCUGUCGCGAUUGAGAAUGAGGCUGUCCGCCUCCUAGGCAUGAACACCAUGCUGGGCGAGGUCGGAGGCUACGACUACUAUGAGGACUGGGCCGAAGAAUUUGUUGACUUCCUUCGCGAGAUUGGCCGUAAUGCUGAUAAUCAGGCUGUGGCUGUCGCGCUGGUACACCAGAAAUGGAACGACCUGGCGUCCACCAGCGGAAUGAUCUACUACCUGAGGCUCCUGGCGGCAACAUACCUCAAGGCCAACGCCGAGACGUAUGACCCCUUCAUUGCCGACAACAGCGGCGUACAGGGUUACUGUGCGCAAUCAGUCGAGCUUAUAAAUCGUGAGAUCGAGCACCUUGGCAUAGUCGCUCUCGCCAAUGUCCUGCUGAAGCCUGCCAAUCUGGUUUUGGAGAUUGCCUAUCUUGACCGCAGCUCUGGGAGCCAGGUCAACAAAUACCGCUUACCAGAGGAGGCCAACGGACAGGACGAGUCUAAUCUUGGUCCCGUCAUCUAUCUCCUCUACCGACCCGACCAUUAUGACAUUCUAUACCGGCUACGGCAGCCGCUGAGCAUUGAGGACCCGGCACAUCCAUCGUCAAUCCAGGUGCAUCGCGUCGGAGGCUUCACUCACAACACCACCAUAGCCAGUACCCAGGAUGACCUUGGAGCCUUUUCCUCGGUCGACUUCAGCACCCUAUCGCUGAUACCCGGCUUUGGAGGGGCGGGCAUGACCUUGGAGGCACAAUCGUCGCCCAGUCCUUGGCUGGGGCAUCAACUUGGCCUGUCAUCACCGCCACCGCCGCCAAAUGUGCCAGCUAACCUGUCACCAAACCCACCGCCGCUGGUGAUUCCUGGGGCCCCGGUAUCAGAUGCCUCCAUCUCGCCGCACACAGCUCCCGCAGAGGUCAGCGUGCUACCACCCACAGGUAUAGUGGGCGGCCCCCCGCCAGAGUUUACGAUACGCUUCAGCCCGAUGCAGCUUGAAUACGACGGUAGCAACAGCAGCUAUUCGGAGGCGUCGUUUCAGGUCAAGACAAACACGUUCAAGAAUAGCGUUUGGAAUAGGGCGCAUUUCGGAAAUCCAAACUUUCAUCCGGAAGAGUGGAGCCCUGAGGACGAGGCGAUUGACGGGCGGAUGGGAUCCAAGAGGAGGAGUUCGAAGCGCGAUUGA